AGAGAGAGAGAGAGAGGGAGAGGGAGGGAGGGAGCAUGUGUGAUGAGCAAUAGCUGGGGACCUCACAGUUGCCACUAACUGCCCUGGUGUAUGGUGUGUGUGUGUGUGGUGUGUGUGUGUGUGAGUGAAAGAGGGAGGGAGGGAGUGGAGAGGGUGGGGGGAGAGAUAAGAGAGAGAGAGGAGGAAAAAGGAGAGAGGAGAAGGAAAGGAAGGAACAACAAGGAAGAAAGGGGACAAUACAAUCAUGCUGUGCUGUAUGAGAAGAACAAAACAGGUUGAAAAAAAUGAUGACAUUGACCAAAAGAUCGAACAAGAUGGCAUCAAACCAGAAGAUAAAGCUCAUAAGGCAGCCACCAAAAUUCAGGCUAGCUUCCGUGGACACAUAACAAGGAAAAAGCUCAAGGGGGAGAAGAAGGGAGAUGCCCAAACUACUGAUGUCGAAGCUGGCGAGAAGAAGGAAGAGGUUCUUGCCAAUGGUCUGGCAGAUGGCAAAGCUGCUAUUACAGAAGCUGCUCCAUCUGAGAAUGCCCUGCCUGCUGAGGGCAGCAAAGAGGGAAAUGCCCCUGCAGAUGAGAAGAAGGGGGAGGGCACGGCUGACAUUGGUUCAGAACAACCAGUCCCCAAGGCUACUACUCCUGCUGCUCCAUCAGAGGAAAAGCCCACUCCUGCCACCACUGAAACGGAAAGUGCCACUAAAGCGUCCACUGAUAACUCACCAUCCUUGAAGGCCGAUGAAGCCCCAGUCAAGGAGGAACCUAAACAAGCCGAUGUGCCUGCCACUGUCACCACUGCCAUUACCCCCACUGCUGCAGAGGAUGCUACUGCCAAGGCAACAGCGCAACCCCAAACAGAUACGGCAGAGCGUAGUCAAACCGAAGAGAAGACAGAUGCUGUAGAAGAAACCAAACCUUCUGAAAGUGCCCAGCAGGAAGAAGUGAAAGAAGAUGAGAGCAAGGCGGACCAAGAAAAUGCCUGAACAUUAAGAAAUGACUCCCUGUUGCCCCUCCCUCCCUCCUUUCCUCCCUUCCUUGUACCACUUUUCCCCUUUCCCACUCACGCCUGUGAGUCUGUCUGUCCUCCUUGUCCCCUCUUUCCCCCACUUAACCUUUUUUCUCUCUGUGUGGCAAACAUUUAAAGAAAAAAAAAGCAGGAAAAAUCCCAGUCAAACAGUGUGGCUUAAACAUUUUGUUUCUUGGUGUUGUUAUGGCGAGUUUUUUGGUAAUGAUGAUCCAAUCAUUUUGGGAAAAUUCUUGCACUGUAUCAGAAUUCUUUGAUCUGCGCGUGCGUGUGUUUGUCUGCCUACCACGAGUGCGCACGUGCUCUCUCUCUCUCUCUCCCCCUCCCUCUCUCUCUCUCUGUUCCAAGUGUGUGUGCAAUGUUAACAUUCAUCUGAGGAGUCCAAAACCUGUUGAGUGAGUUAAGAAAAACAAACAGAAAAGAACAAACAUUUUUUCUUUUCUCCCUUUUUCAAUGUGAUGAUGGAAUGAACUAAAGGAGACAAAAGAAAACAAAGCAAAAACCCCCACAAAAAAACAAACAAAAAAAACCCAGAAUGAAAAUAUAACCCCAGUUUGUUUAAAAAAAAUAAAUAAAGCAAAUGUGCCAAUUAGCAUUACUUGUGACUCCUGGCUCCUUUUUCAAACUGAACAAUGAUAAUAAAGGAGAAUAAUUAUAAUGA